AUGAGUGGUGUGAGCGGCAGCGAGUGGAAGGACAUGAAGGGGGUGCAGCUUCGUCCCGCGACGUUGUCGUACGUGACGGAGUGUGCGGGCUUCCAGUACAUGGCACCCGUGCAGGCGCGGACCAUCCCGCUCCUGCUGCGCAACUAUGACGUGGUGGUGGAGGCUAUCACGGGUAGUGGCAAGACGCUGGCGUAUCUGCUGCCGUGCUUGGAGAUGUUGCAGAACGAACGCGUCAUCGAGACGUGCAAGGAACAAAAGAAUGCGGUUAUAUCCAUCAUUGUGCUGCCGUCGCGUGAGCUGGCGCAGCAGGUGCAUCUGCUCACCAAGAAGAUGCUGCACCACAUCUCGUAUCAGUACACGGGCGGCAAGACAGGGCUUCCCAAAUACUCGUGCCAAUGCUACAUUGGCGGCCGCAGCAUCGCAAUUGAUGUGGAUGUGUUCAGCAAGAACGGCGGAAACGUCUUAAUCGGCACCCCUGGUCGCCUCUACGAGCUGCUCGUGUCGUCCAAGCACACAAGUCUCUUCAACUUCACGAGCUUUGAGCUUCUCAUCCUCGACGAGGCAGACAAGCUACUCGAAUUUGGCUUCCGGGCAAAGCUGGACGCCAUUCUCAAGCGACUGCCCAAGCAGAGGCGCACUGGUCUUUUCAGCGCCACACAGACAAAAGAGCUGGCGGAGUUGGCGCGCGCAGGCAUGCGCAACCCGGUUUCUGUCACGGUUCGUUUGAGCUCUCUUAACUCCGCCAGCACCGAUGCCUCCAAACCGCAGAUCCCGGAGCUUCUACGCAACUACUAUACCUUCACAAAGGCGUCGGAGAAACUGGAUCGCUUGCUCACGUUUCUUAGUGAGCGCCGCGAGCAGAAGGUGCUUGUGUAUGUGAUGACAUGUGCAAGUGUGGACUGGCUUCAUACGGCUCUUGUUGACGUGCUUCUGAAAGACGACGCAGAAAACGUUUUUGCACUCCAUGGGCAGAUGAAGCUCGAGAAGCGACAAAGAGUGCAUCGCGCUGUGACGAAGCGAAGCCGCUGCGUGCUAAUCUGCACAGAUGUGGCGGCGCGCGGUUUGGAUAUCCCCGAGGUGGGUGUCGUGGUGCAGUACGACCCGCCUGUCGACCCCUCAACGUUCAUUCACCGCAUCGGCCGCACCGCCCGCAUGGGACGCCAGGGGGAGAGCCUAGUCUUUCUGCUUCCACAGGAACUGGAGUACGUGGCCUUCAUGAAGCUGCAGAACGUCACACUACAGCCGUAUGACGAGGAGCGAGAUAGCAUUGCAACCGCGCGAGAUUUCGUUGCACACAUGAACGCCAAGCGUACGCUGCUGAGCUCGCAUCAAGACAAGCGCAAGGCUAUUCACCAGGCACACCGAGAGCAGCAGCUGAGCCGCAAGGAACGACGGGAGAAAUUGCAAGAAGAGCGAGAGAGGGCACGCGGCGUCACACCACGGGCCUCGCGAAAGGAGGUUUUAGGAGACUUGUGCGAAAGUCUUUCCAUUCUCGAACUACGUCGUUCAGUACGGCAAGAUGAAAACAGGAAGUUACUCGAACUGGCGGCUCGAGCCUUCGUCUCCUUUAUUCGUGCAUACAAGGAGCACGAAUGCCGGUACAUCUUCCAGUUGCAGCUGAUCGACCUUACUGAUCUGACCCACAGCUUCGGUCUCUUCAAGAUACCCAACUGUGGUGAGAUCAAGCACAUGCAGAUGCUGAAGAUCCCUCUACAGGAUGAACUGCAGGAUAUCUUGGCAAGCAUCAAUAAACAGACCCGCGAGAAGCAGGAUCGCGCGGCGCAGGAGCGUGCACAGCGGCGUCAGCGCGAGGCUGACGCUGAAGCUGAUACGGCUGACGGCACCGUGGCGAAGAAGCACCGUACGGAGCGCAACGAGAAAUUGGAGGUGCUGAAACUUACUAAAAUGUCCCGUGGGGAGCGGAGCCGGGCGUGGAAGCAGGCAGAGAUUGAUGAGCUGAUGAAGGACAGCUACUACGUGAAGAAGGAGCGGCAGGGGAAACUCAAUGGCCGCACUGUGGACGCCAUCAUGGGCGUCGACGCCCUCGAGAAUGCGCUGCUCAGUUCGCGUGAGCGGCAGGAGGCGAAGCGGGUGCGCCGUGCCGCAAAGUGA